GGAGGAGACCUGGGACAGGAGGUGGAGACCUGGGGUGGGAGGAGACCUGGGGCACCCAGGCCUGUCCCUCAGUGUCCCUCUGCCCUUCCCCUUGCUACCAGACUGUAUAUACCUGCUCCUGUGGGCAGGUGACUGUGAAAAGUGAAUCUGCUGCUCCCCAUCCCCACGGGUGAUGUCCUUCCCCAGUGAGGGCACUGAGUGGGGUCAUCCAUGGCACUUGGCGUGCUCUGGGUCAGCUCUCAUGUGGUGGAUGUGUGGUCCUUCCUCAUGGUGGACACAUGUCCUCCCUGGUGGAUGUGUGGUCCUUCUCCAUGGUGGAUGUGAUCCUUCCUCAUGGUGGACGGGUGGUGCUUCUCUAUGGUGGAUGUGUGGUCCUUCUCUGCGUGGUCCUUCCCUGUGAUGGAUGCAUGAUCCUUUUUCAUGGUGCAUAUGUGGUCCUUCUCCAUGGUGGACGCAUGGUUGUUCCUCAUAGUUAACACGUGGUCCUUCUCCAUGGUGGAUGUGUGGUUGUUCUCAUUGUGGGAGGGUAUAUUGUGCUGGUCAGCCUGGGGUCAGGGGCCCUUGCACAGUGGCCUCUGCCAUUGGGCCUUGUGCUGUCAGCACUGCAGGUGGUGGAAGGCUCCCACCUCUGGUCAAUGCAUCAGCCAUCUCUGGGAGCCCAAGAAGUUCUGGGAAGUUCUCCUUGCAGGAUGUGGCUGCACUGAUUCGCUCUGGAGCCUGCCAGCGUGUGGUGGUCAUGGUGGGCGCUGGCAUCAGCACCCCCAGUGGCAUCCCCGAUUUCAGGUCUUCAGGCAGCGGCCUCUACAGUAACCUGCAGAAGUACAACCUGCCUUACCCCGAGGCAAUUUUUGAACUCGAGUUCUUCUUUCAUAACCCCAAGCCCUUCUUCAUGUUGGCCAAGGAGCUGUACCCAGGGAACUACAGACCCAAUGUCACCCACUACUUCCUCCGCCUGCUGCAUGACAAGGGGCUGCUUCUGCGGCUGUACACGCAGAACAUCGACGGGCUUGAGAGGGCAUCUGGCAUCCCAGCCUCUAAGCUGGUGGAAGCCCAUGGGACAUUUGCCUCUGCCACGUGCACUGUGUGUCGGCGAAGCUUCCCUGGUGAGAACUUCAGGGUUGACGUGAUGGCAGGCAGGGUCCCCUCCUGCCCGGUCUGCACGGGCGUGGUGAAGCCUGACAUUGUGUUCUUCGGGGAGCCGCUGCCCCACAGGUUCUUCUUGCAUGUAGUGGACUUUCCCAUGGCGGACCUGCUGCUCAUCCUGGGGACCUCACUGGAGGUGGAGCCAUUCGCCAGCCUGUCUGAGGCUGUAGGGAACUCGGUGCCCCGAGUGCUCAUCAACUGGAACCUGGUGGGGUCCUUGGCCUCUCGUCCACGCAGCAGGGAUGUGGCCCGGCUUGGGGACGUGGUGCGUGGUGUGGAGGAGCUGGUGGAGCUUCUGGGUUGGACACAGGACAUGCAAGACCUUGUGCAGCAGGAAACAAGAAAGCUGGAUGGAUUGGACAAAUAGGACAUGGGUGACUCACAGGAAGCCGUAUGUGAGGACUGGAGCAGACACUGGCCAGACAAGCACAUGUGGUCCUUUCUGCUGAGUCGCCUGGAGCUCUGUGUGCUGACCACCAGCGUGGGAGCUUCGUCCUGGUGGUGGAUAGAGCCAAACCAGGGACUGAGUGGCUUGGUCCUAGGGGUCUGGAUCUCCUUAUUGGCCUCCCUGUAAGUUACACACUUUGUGACAUCAGACAGAGUAAACCUCAGCCCAAGUGGACGUCUGUUGUCACUGAUUCCUGGGGUCGGGGUGGGAGACAUCAGAACAAAGCCCCUUUGUCCAGGUCAGCGCACUUGGAAGCCCUGUCGCUCCUGUGGGGAAAGGACACGGAUAGUUCAGCCAUUCCCAACUACCAGCAUCCAGCCCUGGAAUUGUCUCGUGCCUUUGUUGAUAUCCUGACCCCAGGGCUGUGGGGUGCCCACUGAAAGCUCUGUCCUGAAGAGGUAGCCUGGCCUCA